UAUUGAUUUUCUUGCAGGUAACAAGAACUGAUUUCAGACAAUUCUACAAGUGAUGAUUUUGGCGUCUAGCAGUGGUACAUGGGUAGUUCAGAGAGGAAAUUCUGAAUCGUGCACGCACUCCCUCCACAAUAUAAAAUAACCCUAGCAUUCAAAUCGAACACAAAAGGUGAAUUGCCAACAAAGGAAGAAAUCAAAAGCCAUCAAAGCAGAUGGAUGUUGUUGAUGAGGAUGGAUACAGAUAGUCAUGUAUUUAGUUCGUGGGAAGAGCACGUUGUUUCUCAGGGGAAGUGUUGUCGUGUUGUGCACUACUACUUGAAGGAUACCUCAGGGGAGUUAAUCCUUGCUGUAGUGGGUACUGAAGGAAGCUCAAGGAACAUGUUAUAUGUUGUCUCAGAGGAUUAUUUGGAUACUUUUGGGCAUACAAGUACCAUAAAUUCUGACACAAAGUGGCGUACAAGAAAAGGCGUAGUGGAAUGGCUGACAGUUUUGAUUUCAAAGCAUCACCAAUCACCACCUAUUUCAAAUACCCCGAGAAGAGAAACGAGAAGAAGUGCUUUGAUGGCUGGUCACAUAUCUGAUGAGGUCUCACAAAAUAUAACCCGAGAAGAUCCUUCAACGCAAGGACCUAGGGGGAGUAGAAGUGUCGGUGAGAGUGACCAUUCUGGUAUCAGAAAGUCAAUUCCUGGUAACCAGAUUGCACAAGCCAAACCACCAACAUACCCAAGAUUAAAAAUAAAAUAUCCAAACAUAGAACCGGUAGGAAUUCAGCUUGUUGAGCCUCAAUAUAAGCUGUGUUUUGAAGUUGGUGACAACUUGGAGGUUCUUUGCAAUGAUAGUGGCAUGAAAGGCUGCUGGCUCAGGUGUAAGGUCUUACAAGUCUCACAAAAACGUAUGAAAGUCCAAUAUGAUGACAUCCAAGAUUGUGAUAGUCUUGAAAAGCUCGAGGAAUGGGUUCCUUCCUACAAAGUUGCAGGCUCUGAUAAAUUCGGCAUGAGAUGCACAGGACGCCUCACAGUUCGACCCCUGCCUCUGGAGGACUCUUCUGUCAAAUCUUUUGAACUAGGAGCUGCAGUUGAUGCUUGGUGGUCUAACGGAUGGUGGGAAGGUGUUGUUGCUGGAUUUGGUGUCUCUGGAAGCGGUGUCCUUCAGGUUUACUUCCCUGGCGAGAACAUAUUAUUGGAGAUCCAAAGGAAGAAUGUGCGGACUUCAAGAGAGUGGGUUGAUGACAAAUGGGUUGAAGUUGAGCGAAAGAAAGACAUAAAUUCGUUCAUUAGCUCGAGUUUAACUUGUUUAUCCAGCUGCAGUAUCAAUGAGCCGGGGAACUGCGAAAAUCAGAUGGCUCCCAGGCUUGUGGCGCCUGAAGACAACAAAUUGGCUUCAACUUCCAAACACUCAGCGGAGAGGCAAGACACUAAUGUGCUUAAACUGAAAAAACGAUGGUAUAUUGAUUUUCUUGCAGGUCUUUGACAACAAAAAAUGGAAAAGGCAUCUUAUAGAGUUAUAGGCAAGCACUCCUUUUUUUCCCCUCCUUAGGAGCUCCCACCUUUUCGCUCCCUUGGUGACUCGAACUCACAACCUCUUACCAAGUGCACUAUUUUGGCUACCAAGUGCACUCUUUUGGUUAGUAUGUACGUGUUUUAUAAAUUUGCCAAGAAGUUGGCAUGUUCUUGUAUUGUACACUCUCUCUUAUCGGUUAUGCAUAAAAGUUGUAACUUUAUAAAAGUAUGUGUUUGCUUUGUUACUCUGACUCUCCAAAAAUGUUGCCUCACCUGUUUGUUUGACUACUUUUCUUGAAAAUCUAUUACCACUUUUUUCAUUUUAGAAGAUGUGGAAAAUGUUCUAACAGUUUAUCAGCAGCAGAAACACACUAGUAUUAUCAGAUAGUUCUUUGCUUACGUAUGGCUUUAUUCUCAUACUGAUUGAGCUGCACAAUUUCCUCUUUGCUUAAUAAGGAAAUGGGUGCGGAUAGAUCAAAGAUUCACAAAUCUUGUUACCUCCUAAUCGAUGAGUUUUUUCCCUGUUUUGUUGCUUCAGCACAGUUGUUGUUACCUUGUUACUAAAAGGUGGUGCAUACGGCGAUGUAGCCCGUUUUCAUUUCAUGAAAGUCCUCGGCAGAGGAAAGGUGCAAUCUGCUUCCGUUCGAUCUGGCCAAUCCGGAAUAGAUUCACAUAGCGAUUAUUAGUCCAAAUGAAAUAUUAUUAUAUUCCUCGUUCGCAUAGAAAAUAUGAUUAAUUUUGUGAACAAAUUGAAGUUUUCUAUUACAGAUAGUGGAUUUGUGUGUCUUUUGUUGAA